AUGAGAGCAACUCUUCCCUUGCUUGCACUAUUCACUGCUCUCCCGGCUGUCCUGGCAGCUGGAAGAUGCAGAGAGGGUCUGAACUAUUGCGGAUCCACCUUGAUCUCGCUGGGAUGGACACAGAGCGAACUGCUGGCGAUUGCAGACGGAGACACCAACGUCGAGAAGGCUCUCUUUUACUGCGAGAUGGACGGCAUCGUCGAGUACUCUGGACCUUGUACGGUGUGCCAACGGGCCCCGGAUGGACAUUCUGAUGCCUGUCAAGUCGGAUGCGGAGCCGACAGUUCGGGCCUCGACGCCGAGGGAAGCCACUUAAAAGCCGUUGAACGCGCUGGAAUCGCAGAGACAUAUCAUAUACCCCAGAGUCUCGACGAUUGCGUUAUAUUUCCGAAGAUGUUGCUUAAAAUAAGAAAGCACCUCAGCACAGCGGCGCAGACCGCCCCAAUAGAAACGGACGUUUCGGCUUCAUUUUUCGACGCCGCAUCAUAUAUCCCCCCGGAUGCGAUCUUCGCUCUGACGGCAGAGUACAAUGCGGAUACCUUUCCCCAGAAGGUCAACCUGGGCCAGGGGACUUAUCGCGAUGAGAAUGGACAGCCAUGGGUCCUGCCUUCUGUGCAAAAGGCUCGCGAGACUCUUCUUUCCCAAGGGCUAUACCACGAAUACCUACCAAUUCUUGGCCUCCAAACGUUCCGCAAUGAAGCCACAAAACUGGCCUUAGGAUCGGAAAUAUAUGACAAGAAACAGUCCCAGCUUGCCAUCUGCCAAAGUCUCUCGGGAACUGGUGCUCUGCAUCUGGCAGGAUUGCUUCUCCGAAGCGUUCGCAAACCGCUGCCGAAAGUGUACAUUCCUUCGCCAACCUGGUCAAACCACGGCCAAGUCUUCUCGUCACUGGGAUUCCAGUGUGAAACAUUCCAGUACUAUGAUGCGGAGAAGAGAGAUAUUGAUAUAGAGGCGUAUUACUCGGCGCUGAGAGCCGCGGAGCCAAACUCCGUUGUUAUUAUUCACGCCUGUGCUCACAACCCUACCGGUUGCGACCCCAGCAAAGAGCAAUGGAAACAGAUUGGCUCGAUAAUGAAAGAACGGAAAUUGUUUCCACUAUUUGAUGCCGCAUAUCUAGGCUUCAACUCGGGAAAUGUGGAUGACGACGCGUUUGCUAUGCGCUAUUUUAUAGACGAACUAGAAAUGGAAGCUGGCGGUUGUCUUUCCUUUGCGAAGAACAUGGGACUUUACGGUGAGCGUGUGGGUUGCCUGUUCUUCGCAACCGGGACAGCAAAGGCUGCGAGAAACACGCAGUCCGUUCUUGAGAUGCUACAGCGCUCCGAAGUGUCAAAUCCACCAGCCUAUGGAGCGAAGAUAGCAAGUACUAUUUUGAGCGACGAUGCCUUAAAAGAGAUGUGGUUUGCAGACUUGAUCACUAUGAGCGGACGUAUUCGCUCCAUGCGACGAGCGUUGUAUGAUGGACUGAUUAAAUCUGGGGCCCCUGGCACAUGGGAGCAUCUGAUACGCCAAUCUGGAAUGUUUGGAUUCUUAGGACUUUCACCUGCAGUCGUCCAGAAGCUCAAGGACAAGUAUCACAUCUAUAUGGCGAGUAACUCUCGGGUUUCCAUCGCUGGACUUAAUCCGUCGAAUGUUGAAUAUGUGGCACACUCGAUUGCUGAAUGUCUUAAUGAAUCCUAG